GACUGGAAACCGGUCUAGACAUAGCGCUCCGGUAACCAAGGCUGAGCGUCGUUUCCAUGAAGAGCAAAACAUAGCAACCGUAUAUUACUUUUUGUUUAAAAUGUUCGAGGUUUACGGUAACUAAGUAAGUAAUUUGUUGUAGUACAUUACAUAUGAUGCCCCCGUUUCUACAGUAGUGUACUGUAAGUAGGACCGUAAUUCAAGACACUUGUGCAUUUGUUGUAUUACUAUUAGCCAAUGAAAGCAAACGAUUCAAAUCUUGCUAGCUAGCUAGCUAACUAGCAAAUUAACCAAGGAAGGUAUGGCGUGCUCUACGAACAGUUCAACCAAAAUACAAACUUCUGUUGAAGAGAAGGAUGACACGGCUUAUCUUGCAGCUUUAACCGUUCACAGAAACGCAAAUGCUUUCUUUGAGAAGUAUGACAAACAUGAAGUCCAGGAGUUACUGAGUAUGACCUCCUGUAACUGUUUUUUAUGUAGUGAUGACUUCACUCAGCCAGUUGAAAUGCCGCCAGGAAUAGUCAAACAAAUGAGGAACUUCAAGGACUCAAAUGUCAUCAUCCUGGCACCUGUGGAUGCCAGAGUUAGUCUUGAUUACAAAAUGGUUCAUCAAAUCGUCAGAGAGCUCACAGUUGGUAUCUAUUGCUUUAACCAAGUGCCAUCCAUCAGUCUUGAGCCAAACUAUGACCAGAGCACCUCAUGCCAACUGUCUCCAGCAUACUACGAUACGAAAGUUGGACAAAUUCUGAUUAAUAUGGACUACACUAUUAAGGCUCUUUGGCAUGGUGCUAUUAUUCCUAAAGAAAAACGCAUUUGCUUCACUGAACUAUGGAGAAGUAGCAUGGGGGUUGAUUCAAAUGGAAUAUCCCAGACAAAGAAGGAUGUGUUUGCAGAGUUUCUCACUGCAGGUCUUCAAGACAUCUCAGAGGAGCCCUGUUACCAGGGCAUAUACAACCCCGACGUAAACAUGGAUCCGACCUAUGACCCAAACAGUUUGGAGGAGGAGAGGCUAUUCACCCAACACCAGGAGAACAUCCUGCUUAAGCUCACGUCUUACCUGUCCUCGACCCGACAGCACCGCAAUCUGUUUGUGUUUGAGAGUGCCCAGAGUCUGUCCAGUGUGGUGAGACUAACAGAGGAGAGGCUGGAGCUGGCUACCUACCAGAGGCUGCAGCAGAGACUGGGACUGCAUGCAAGACUGGUGAGGGAUUGCCUGGAGAGGAAAGCGGAGAUGUGCCAAGACCUGGCCUACCUGUGCCUGCUCACCUUCCUGGUGCCUUUCCUAGUGGGGCUGAAGAAGAGGAUGAAGAUCCCAGACCUGACUAAGUUGCUCCCGGGUUACUCAGAAGAUAAACUGAAGACCGAAAGGGAAUUACCACCAUUGAUCCUGGGACCUGCAUUCGCCUGUAAACAUUUCCCGUACAAGUCAGAUGAGUAUUUUCACCUACACGGUGGAAUUGAAGUGGACAUUGGAACCCAUCAGCUCGAGGAAGCCUCUGAGGAAACAAAGAAGUCCUAUGCUGCACUGCAGAGUCUUGCAGUAGGUCACUUAAGAGACCUGCUAAGUCAGGACGUCACUUACAAAGAGCACUUCCCCAUACAAGUCUGUGAGGUCGACAGCAAGAACUAUCAUGUGAUCUCCAUUGAGGUGGGCUCAUACUACCCUCAGCCCAAUGUGGUUCCAUGGUGGGAGGCCCUCAACAUUGCCAUCAACACUUUAAGAGGAAAAAAGCUGCCUCUAACUGACAUCCAGCUGCACGAGCAGUUCAAGAAGACAUUUGGCUACAAUAAGGCCAUCAAAUGCAAGAGUGUGCCAUUUGGUCUGCGAGCUGCGGCAGAGCGUGGCCUGUCCGCCGUGUUCUACACGCUGUGCCGCCGUAGCUCUCCGUCUCACCUGGGGGUCCUGGAUGAACAGGGCUACUCCCUUCUGCACCACGCUGCCAAACACAACCACACACACAUCAUCUGCCAACUGGCCACAUCUGGCGUCAACCUCAAUCAGACAUGCAGCGGCAGGUUCAGCCGCUCAGGCUUCACUCCUAUGCACCUGGCUGCUCAGUGUGGAUCCCUGGAAGCUCUCAGCUGUCUGCUGGCACUGCAGGCUGACCACCGGCUAGCUGACCACAGGGGCUGGAUGGCUGUGCACUUUGCUGCCUACUAUGGCCAGGUGGUUUGCAUUCAGGCUCUCUGCAGGAAAGAUCCGGAGCUGGUGGAGACACAAACCACUGCUGAAUACCGCAGUUCCCCGUUGCUUCUGUCGGCCACGUCAGGCUCCAUGGAGUCCCUGGACUACCUGCUGUCUGCUGGGGCUGACUGGAGGCGGAGGGACAGCGAGGGCAACAACAUUGUGCAGCUGGCCGCCCUGUACUUCCACCCCAAAGUCCUCGGGCACCUCAUCUCCCUGGGCCUGCCGGACCUGCCGGUCUGGGAGAUUCUCGUGGAGAUGCUGCACCGUGAGGACCAUCACAGGAAGGAGAUGGCCCUCCGUUGCCUGGAGGUGCUGUGUGUCUCCACCAUGUCUAUCUGGAGGGACAUUAUAGAUGCAGGGGGGAUUCCGGCUCUGCUGGAGCUGAUGCGUAGCCCGAGGCCAGCGCUGCAGUGUAUGGCCACCGCUGUGGUGUGCCACAUCUCUGAGAAGAUGCCUGUGUGUCAGGCCCUGGUGAGCCACUGUGCCAUCCCGGUGCUGGUCGAUCUGCUUGGCAGCCGGCAGGCUGAGCUCCACUCCCGCUGUGCCCUCAUACUGGCAGACCUGGCCGGGCACAGCGACCAGUACAAGUCCCUCAUAGCGCAGCAGGGAGGGCUGGUCCUGUUGGUGAAGCUCCUAGGCUCUGACCUUCGAGACGUUCUUGUGAACACACUGCGGUGCAUCAAGGUGCUCUGUGUCCGUAGCCCUGGCAACCAGACGGCCGUAGCUUCGGCCGGGGGGAUUCCACAGCUCGUGGAGGUCCUGACCAUCAAAUCGGAGGUGUUGCAGGAGGAGGCGUGUGCGGCUCUGGCAGAGCUGGCCAAGGGACACCGGGAGAACCAGGAUGCCAUCUGCGGAGCGGGUGCUGUGGCCCCACUGGUGCACAUACUGCAGGGGAAGAAGCUGACCAUGCGGGUGACUGCAGCCAGAGCCCUGGAGGCCAUCGCUGAUCAUAACCCUGACACACAGGCCCACUUCAUGAAGAAGUCAGCUGCCAAGCACCUCCUACGACUGUUGAAGGUCUUCCAGGUGGAGGUGAGGGAGCAGGGUGCGGUCUCUCUGUGGGCCUUGGCUGGACAAACUCUGAAUCAACAGAGACUUAUGGCAAAGCAAAUUGGCUACCACUUCAUCCUUGAGCUCAUCCUGUCAUCCUCUGACAGGAUGCAAUAUGUUGGCUGCCAGGCAGUUAUAGCCCUGAGCAGGGACAGCAGGAGCCACCAGGAUGGGCUCUGUAAAGACAACGGAGUGGCCCCGCUGGUCCGUCUGCUACGAGGAUCCCGGACCACUGAGAGAACCCUCCUCAGUGUUAUACAAGCCCUGGGAGUUCUGUGUAUUGGAGUGGCACACACCAAUAACCCAAACAGCCAAAGGAUUAUAGCUGUGGAGCAAGCCAUUCCAACUUUGUUAGAACUUGUGAAGCACCAUGAAUCACUUCAGGUCAAGGUAAAUAUCUUGUCAAAUCCAUCCCACAGACCCCAAACAACGGCUUCCUGGGUCUCUUGUUUUUUUAUCUUUCAGGUCCAAGUGGCUCAAACCCUGGCCUGUGUGCUUCUGGGAAACCAGGACCUACAAACUGUCUUCUGGGGAAAAAAUGAAUUUACUUACGAAAUAGUUCUAGGAUUGCUGCGAGUGCAAGAGCAGCAGGUCAUCUGCCUGGAGGCUGGUUAUGCCUUGUCUCUGUUUGCAUACAAUAACACGGCUCAGCAGGCAGCCAUCCUGCGGACUGGUGGCAUUUCCAUUGCCGUUUUUGAGUCCUUCUUGAACUCCAGGAACGAGAUGGAGAAAGCCAAAGCUGCUUUUCAGAUUGUGGUGCUGGCCAAAGUGAUCACAGACGUGGACGAGGUCACUCUGUCUGCUCGAGGGGUGACCGCCCUCGUAGGCCUUCUGCAGUCCACCAAUACCAGCACUGUGGUCCUGACAGCUCAGCUGUUAGCCAGUCUGGCUCACACCCGGGCAGGUAUUCCCCAUGCUAUCGUUACCAUGGGAGCUGUUGGCCGCUUAUGUGCUCACCUGUACUCUGAAGAGGGCGAGGUGCGUAUGGCAUGCGCAUGUGCCCUCGGCUACCUGACCUUUAACCGUCACGCACAUCGUCUCUUGUUGUUGGAAUGUCGAAACACUCCAUCUAUGUACGAACUUCUGACCCAUCAUCUCACUGAUGACGCCAAGAUAUCACCCAUUUUUACUGCCGAGUUCGAAAUGCAGAAAAAAGUGGGUCUGCCAUCACAGAGUUUGGAGAUAAAUGGUGGCCCACCUGUACCUCAGCGACACUUCAAUGAUGUGUCCAAAAAGACGAGCUGCAUUCCUGUUCUGUCGAGGUCUGCGGGCCAUCUUGGGCCGGGCAGGUCGGCUCCAGUGCUCCAACGGAGCAGGACAGCCAACCCCAAGAUCAGACUACAGGGAGAGGGGCUCACCCAUAGCUCAGCCCACCCUGGGGUCAUAGGCUGGAAGAGGACAGCCAAGAGCCCUGGUAAAGUCUGUGACCCUGGAGGUGAACCUGGGAACUAGCAAGACUGGAAACGCACUUAUCACUCCGGAACUAAACUUUGGGAAGCUUUCUAUUUAUGUUCAGCUUCAAUAUAUUUCAUCAUAUUAUAAAUAGGAAAUAGUGACUGAAUUGUCCCAUACUGGAAGUUGGUUAAAUAAAAAAAUAG